AUGGCGCAGAAGAGAUCCAAGCUCAAUGGCACGUACCCCUCAAGCUCUACUGCAGCUGAGCUCGCGGGGCUUCACCUGGCGGCCGACCUCCCUGCUGAGCACCCUCCCCAGCAGCCGGUGGCGGUGGUGUGCGACUCCAAGCCAGCGCUCCAGGCCCUCGUCAACCCACGGCGGGAACGCUCCACAGUGAUCGACGCCUACAGACGCCACGGCCUUCCAGCGGCCACAGAGACUGACCUGCUGCUCCCGCUGACCCAGCGGAAGCAGUGGCAUCACCGGCGGUGUCCCGUUCCCUCUGCCACCCUGAGUGCACUAGCGUUGCCUCUGUGCCUGGGCGCGCUCAUCGGCGCCACGGCGGUGGGCAACGCGCUCGUCUGCCUCUCCGUCUGCCUUGUGCGACGCCUGCGGCACCCGUCGAACCACCUGCUCGUCUCACUUGCCGUCUCCGACCUCUGCGUAGCCCUGCUGGUCAUGCCUCCCGCCAUGUACCUCGAACUCUCCGGCCACCGCUGGGACCUGGGACGAGCGGCCUGCGACGCCUGGGUGUCCAUGGACGUUGCCUCCUGCACCGCCUCCAUCCUCAAUCUGUGCAUGAUCUCCGUGGACCGCUACCUGGCCAUCACGCGACCCUUGACCUACGGCGUCCGGCGCACGGCACGAAGGGCCUGGGCCUGCAUCGGUGCCGUCUGGCUCCUGGCGGCGCUCAUCAGCGUGCCCCCACUGCUAGUCUUGGGAAACGAGCACGGCACUCUCGAUGCACCCACCUGCCUCGUCUGCCAGCACCUCGCCUACCAACUGUACGCUACGCUCGGGGCCUUCUACAUACCCUUGGCCGUGAUGCUGUUCGUGUACUGGAGGAUUCACAGGGCUGCGAAGAAGGUCAUCGAAGCCGAGCACCGAGCAAGGCCUGGACCUCGAAGCAGGAGCCUGAGAGUCGUUCUGAGAGAACGCAAGGCCUCCAUAACGCUCGGAAUAAUCCUGACAGCUUUCACGGCCUGCUGGCUCCCUUUUUUCGCCCUCGCCCUGGUGCAGCCUCUGGGAGGCAAACCCCUUCCGGAGGUGGCGCACAGCUUCGCGCUCUGGCUUGGCUACGCCAACUCGGCGCUGAACCCGGUCAUCUACGUAACCUUCCACCACGACUUCCGGCGCGCCUUCCGGGACCUGCUGUGCUUCCGCUGUCAGACGCAGACGACCGGAAGCAGCACGACUGGGGGCGGAAGCAGCAGCGGCACGGUCAGACAGUUGCUGGGCAGCAGGGACAACCACCUCAACUCGUGGGCCUGACCGUGGUGGACGUCACCUGAAGACCUACGGGUCUCCAGGGUCGACGCGAAUCAGCUAAAAAAUAAGCACAAUGAUCAGGGUAAUCACCAAGAGACCAAUCAUCAUCAGAACAAUCGAGGCAGCACGUGCGAGCCGACCAACUCGCCUGUCUCACCGCUGUUCGACUGACCCACGGAGGCCGAACUUACAACUGCGAUAUCAGACGUGUCUUCGGAAAAAAACAGCAGGAAGUCUGAAGAGGUCAUUUUCCACGAGCAAUUUGCGAUGUCAUUGUCGGACCGAAAAGACAUGCGGGUGACAAGUGACCAGCGCAGUCAUUGGAGCGUUUAAGACGAAAGCUGCACUCUUUCCCUAUUUCUUCCGUGAGACGUGCAAUUAUCCUUACGUGAUGCGUGCAAUGCGACGUUGUGUGAACACGAGCUGAGACCGCAUGGAGAUGGAACUUUCAGGAGCACUGUACAAGUCUGUAUAAAUUACUUAUUAUGUGUUCUCCGAAACCGCACAGCUGAAAAGUAGCCUGUAAAGGAUAAGAGAGACCGUCUAUCCGCAACAAAAAAGCGGAAACACAGCAGGAGGCAUACGCUGAGUUAAACAAAUCGUCUUUGUACACCUGCGUCCUGCAUAUAUCGUAGCGCACAUGUGUCCGACUGCAAAGAAAAUUGAACUGCGCACGGAUGCCAGAAAAACAAAUUUUGAAUAUAGAAGGACAAAUAGAAAAUAAUGGAAAAGGGGGUGGGGGUGUUAUCACGGAAGAAGGCAACUCCGCCCUUCCGAUUUCCGCCCUCUAGCUAAAUACUAUACAAGGUUCAGGCAACGUAAAAAUUGCCUGUGGACCCAGAAAAUGACAUUUUUCGUAGUGCCCAUGCACUGUAUCAAUUUUAUCAUGGUCGCGCGUGUGCUGGUUGACACUGUUCCCAAAGAUAUGUCGGGAAAGGCAUUUCCCUCUAUGUAGCAGUCUAUAGAUUCAUUUUUUUUUUCGCGACUAGAGCCAUUAGCCAAGUUUACCUAGUAAUCCAACCGAUAUAACAUGCAGAAGGACGGUGUAGCGAAGCCACCAUGGUCGAUCAUGAAAUUUCAAUUUCACCACCGCAAUUACUCCCGUGUGACCUUGUAUAUACUUUCGUAACAUUGGAAGAGAGGCCUCAAAGCGCACGCCUGGCUGAUCGCUUCAAGAGGACCUGGCAUAGUUUGCCCGCGCUCGUUGAGUGUCACGCGCCAUUCACUACAUUAUCUGACGUUCAAUUAGGGCAACCUUUCUGAGAGUGCAUGCCGCGUGACAUCGUUACCGCGCGUGCCACGCGCUUUCAACGCGGACGACAGACUUGUUCUAACGGAGUGCUGCAAGGACGCGCGUGCAAUUUCGACACGCUCGCGCUUGGUAGAAGACGUGCUCCAUUGCGGCAGGCCUCAUCCUGCCUGCGCCUGUAUGUACGGCGGUCAUCUCCGGCGAAUGUAGAGUAGCGAGAGUGAACAACCUAGCGCACCGUGUACGGAAAAGAGUUUAGUGGGAGUCAGAAACGCUUGCGCAUUGUAAUGUGUACGAGUAGCCGACGCGCAAAUCAACGUGCGAGCGCUUGCGGAUCCUUUAUAUUAACUAUUCAUUGUGAAAAGCAGCAGGAAUAUCGAUAUGGAUGCACAGAAGAAACAUAAGGAAACGUACGUUCAUGUUCAAAUUUGCGCUCCUUUUCACGAUGAACGUAAAACAACUUACCAAGUUCUCAGCCUUCUUAUACUUAGAACAUGUAUCGCCAGUGACAGACGCAGAAGCGCUGGGCUAGUUGAAAUUUCAACAUCUGCAACGAUUCUGUUAGCUGUGCAGCAUUCACAAAUAAAGAAAGAAAACAGGAUUUGGGCCAACCAGAGACGAACUGCACAAGACAAGCGCUGACCCGCAACUAUACGUUUUAAUGCGAAGCAAUUUUCUCCUAGCGAGGCCACUUUUUCUUUAUCUUGCAAUUUUCGCGGAACUGGGAAAAAUCGCUGCUUUCGUGGGUCAACGAAUAGACAACUCUCGUCAUCGGUGGUGACGGAUGGGAAGUAGCUGAGGCGUCGAAGUGGUUCGCCAAUUACCCCAUCUUUCAGCGCGCGGCCUUGAUGCGCGGCGCGAAGUGAGCGUCAACGUUCGCUUUGGCGCCAUCGCAUUCCGGUGUCAGCAGGG